ACUUACAUAUCCUACCACGAGAUCCAGUUCGACAACCUCAAGAUCUAUUGCUUCACCUACCCCAAGCCCCUGUUCCGCAUAUGACGACGUCAGAGUGACGGCUAAACGACAGAUAUCAAAAUUCCAGUGACGCGAACAUGGAUUUCGACGAAGCCGUGUCCUUUCUGGCCCGCAGACUCCCCGAACGUCCGUCCCUGUUCAUCGUCUACACCAACGCCUUGGGUGACUUCCCGGUCGUGCUGGAAUCCCCGGUACGCUUCUCCUGCGAUCAGAUACCGAGGUUCCCGUCGAAGGGGGAGGGACUGGCCCCGCCCCGCCUCCUGUACGGCAGAUCUUCUGGGGUGCACGUGCUGGUGCUGCAGGGCAGGUACCACCGUCACGAGGGCUACACGAGGGACGAGAUCUGCUUUCCGGUCAGGGUGGCCCGCUGCCUGGGCUGCAGACGGAUGUUGGCGGUGAACGCGGCCGGUUCCGUCGGCGACAGGUUCGAGCUGGGCGACCUGAUGCUCGUGCGCAGUCACGUGGACCUCGCGGCCCUCGGGACGGACGCCGGCAGGAUCCUGGGCGGCGGCGAGCGGGAGAUCGAGGAGAACGCCAAGCUGUACGAGAGGGACUUCGCGAAGAUGGCCGGGAAAGUGGCGGUCGAAGAAGGCAUGGACAAGUACGUGAAAACUGGCGUCUACGGUAUGAUAGAAGAGGCGAUUCCGAUGAAUCACUCUCAAAUAAUGAACUGGAAGACGCUGGGCGUCGACGCCGUCGGCACCUCCCUGGUACCGGAGGUCGCGACCGCCGUCAAACUGGGUAUGGAAGUCUGCGCCAUGUCGGUGUUGACCGACAGCGGCAUCCUGGACUACAGCGAGCACCCCGACCCCGUCCCCGAGGACAUCCACAGGGCCCUCGCGCCCAAGAGGUCCCUCGUCAAGAAGCUGCUGAUCAGGUUCAUCGAUCUUAUGGCCGGGAAGGACGACCAAAUAAAAAAAUAACCAUGUAAAACGGACAACCCAAGUUUUAUUAAACGACGAUCAAUACAAACGACA